CAGACGUACUAGUACUUGCCUUCUCCACGCUUAUUGUGAGCCGUAAAUUGCCUUUUAGAAGACACCAAAGAACGAUAUUACAAGAUGGGGAAGUCCUUCGCAAAUUUCAUGUGCAAGAAAGACUUCCAUCCAGCCUCAAAGGCGAACAUCAAACGGGUAUGGAUGGCCCAGCAGAAAGUAGAACAUGAGAAAGAGAAGCAAGAUGAGUUAGCCUCCCAGUACCACAAGGAACAGGAGAUGUUUGAACACAGGGGUCUGCUGGCGGAAGAUAAGCAGAAACAUGAGCUUAGCUUCAUGUACGUGGCACCAUCUGGAGCAGAGAAAGACAAAAAAGAAGAAGGGGAGGAAGAGGUAAAGUUUGAAUGGCAGAGGAAUGCUCCCAGACAGGCGUACGCCAAGAACGACCCAAACAUCAGAGAUCAGCCGUUCGGCAUCCCGGUGCGGAAUGUUCGGUGCAUCAAGUGUCACAAAUGGGGACACGUCAACACAGACAGGGAGUGCCCACUGUUCAACAUGUCUGGACUGGCCAGCUCCAAAUCAGACGACCCCGACCAACCGACGGUUUCGACCUCUGACCUGUUGGUCGGGAUGCGUAGCGAGGGUCUGAUGCUGAAGGACUCUGUCUGGGGCAGGAAGAACGACCCCAAGGCUGCCAAUCAGCAAAUGGUAGUCAGUGAUGAAGAGGAAGACCCUGAGGUGGAGUUUCUGAAGUCUCUCACCACCAAGCAGAAGAAAAAGCUACUCAAGAAACUGGAUAAGCUUGAGAAGAAGGAAAAACAGCAGAAAGCAGGGAAGAAGCAGAAGAAGAAAGACAAGAAGAAACACAAGAAGAGACGUAAGGAGUCCUCAUCUUCAGACAGCAGCUCUGAGUCAGACAGUGAGGAGGAACGGAAGAAAAAGAAACACAAGAAGGCGAAGAGGAAACACAGGAAGAGAAAGGAAGAAAGUUCAAGCCGUGACAGUAGUAGUAGUAGUGCGAGCAGUUCAGAUAGUGACUCGGAGGAGGACAGUGGAAAGAAACGUAGACAUAAACGGAAGAAGUCAAAAGACGACUCCCAGGUCAAAAAGAGAAGGGUAGAUGAUCAUGAGGGGCAGGGUUUGGCUGGGAGGCCAGUAAAAGUCGAGAAACAUGACUAUGACAGCAGCGCAAGGAAUAGACAUGUUGACAGUAAAGAUAGCGCGAACAACAGCAGAAGGUCAGGGAAGUACGAGGAAGGUCAUGAUCAUGGGAGGGAUCACAGGGCAGACAGAGAUGGCUAUUCCAGGGACAGGUAUGCUAGGGAUGGAGAUGACAAACACAGCUAUGACAGAAUGGGUAGAGAGGACCGGAAAGACAGUAAUGGGAGGGAAAGCAAAGAAAGACGUUUCAAGUAUGAAAGCGAUGCAGAUGACAAACACAGCUAUGACAGAAUGGACAGGGAAGACAGGAAAGACAGUAGGGGGAGGGGUGAGAGGGAGGGCAAAGAAAGACCUGACAAAUACGAUAGGAAUGGAGAUGACAAACACAGUUAUGACAGAAUGGACAGGGACGACAGGAAAGACAGUAAUGGGAGGGAAGGCAAAGAAAGACGUGUGAAGUAUGAAAGGGAUGGAAAUGACAAACACAGAGUGGAUAGCUGGGAAGACAGGAAAGACAGUAGGGGGAGGGGUGAGAGGGAGGGCAAAGAAAGACAGGACAAGUAUGAAAGGGAUGACCACAGAGGGAACAGCAAGGGCGGGCACAGCAGUAGGGAUGAACAGCACAGUAAGGACAGAGACAGCAGGGGUGGGAGGGACAGCAGAGGGCAUGGCAGCAAGGAAAGACAGGACAGCAGUAGAGGUGACCAGGUCAGAAAGGAAAGGAGUGACGACAGGUCCAAGGAUAGGGACAGGUCCUCUGGUAGUCAUGGCAACCACAGGGAUCAUAGGUCGCAUGACAAGCAUCGGUCACAUGAUCAUGACAACAGAAGGGAUAGGCGAUGAUCGCACACCUGUCUGGUACACAUAUGUAGCACUGAGGACACCUAGCAGGAUAUCAAUGUACUGCAGGGUAACUACAGAAGAGAUGUAUCCAUGUUUGGACCAAACAGGUCGUGCUUAAUGUAAAAUUUUGGUGAGGAAAUGACCAAAAGAUGUUUUCAGCUUGAUUUAGCUGUUGUGUGCUUUUGGGUGAUAGUACAGCCAUGAUGGGACCAUCAGAUUUGGUGUCGAUCAACUUGUAGAUUUUACAAAUCUGACCUUAACAUAAUUGUCAAUAUCUUAAGCACCUCAUACUCUUGAUACAUCUAUAGUUAUGUCAGAAUACCUUGUUCAGUGAACCACAAGAAAAGGAAGAUGUGAUAGUCCUAUAUUCAACCUGUACAUAAAAAUUGCUUUUUAAACUUUGCAUGCCCUUUUUUGUGAAUCUUGUACCGUGUUUU